AUGUCCGAUGAAAGUGACAGAUUUUCCCUAACGGCUGAACAAUAUUUAGGAUAUGUUUCUCUUUCAGCGAAGUACCAUGUACUGACCUACCUUCAGGAUGCAGUUGCACAGCUACUGGAGCAUAAAGAAGAGAAUCCAAGGGUCAUUCCAGCUCGAUUUCUGAGUGAUUACUUCAGGAGUGUUGUGCAAGGGAAUCACACUCUAUUCAGGGAGUACAGUUACAUCAAGAAGACACCUCACAAUAUUGCUUCUUUUAUCAGAGUGUUUUGGAAAUGUUUUAGACAUAUCGGAAGGAAUGGAGAUUUGUUAUCUGCAAAGGAAUAUCAUUCUCUAGUGUGCCUGUUGUGCCCUGAUUUUCCAUUUGAGCCAGUUCAGAAGACAGCAAGGAUUAUUUUAAUGGAAGAUGCUAUGGAUUGUCUGAUGUCAUUUCCAGAUUUUCUUUAUGCUUUCCAAACACAGUUCUUUUAUGAGGAGUUUAUAGAGAAACUUCACAGCACUUAUCAAGCCCUGAUAUCAGGUACUUAUAGACCUGGUCAGAUAGUGAUAGUGCCAACACUGUCCAGGCCCACUCAGCACAAGACACAGCAGCCUGCACACACUGCAACAGAUGCUGCUCAGGUCAGUCCUGAGGAUGGAGUGGAGGUUCAUUCUUUCUUGGAGGCCAUCCUUCAAAUUAUUCAUACCAGCAAUGGCUCCUUCAGUUGUCCACCUGUUGAGGUCAUUAAGGAACUGUUAUCGUCUGUUGAAAGAGUUACUUUUUAUGGAUUUCUUAUUGGCCUUGCAAAACACCCUGGAGUCAAUAACAAUGUUGCAACCCUACCUGAUAAAUCAGCUAUCAUGGAAGAAACUGAUCAGGAAUUGAGCAGUCCUUCAACCAGACCAAAAUCAGGCAGACCAAAAAGUGGAAUUCCUAAUACUACCAAGAAGGCUCUUUGAAUUUGUGCAUGAUUAAUUGGUUGAUGCAUAUAAUAGAAAAAAAAAUGGACAUGUAAUUUCAUGAACUGUAAGUAUUGUAUGUAUCUUUUGUGUAAGAUAGCUGAAUAUUUAGUGUGAGACCAUACUUUUUGUGGUCCUGAAUUAAAGCAAUUUUAGCAAUAAAUAAAUUUGGAUUGUCAAUUAUCACAACUCUUCUUUAAGUGACAACCAAUGUGUUCAACUUUAA